AUGGGUCCUCCCGGGUCAGGUAAAGGAACAAUCUCGAAGAGGAUCGCUCAGAAUUUCGGGUUGCAAUAUCUGUCGUGCGCGGAGUUUUUGCAAGAUAUUGGAACGGCGAAUGAAACAGAGGCAAGUGUGCUGGUCAAGUCCUACAUAGACAAACGCAUGCUGGUGCCUGACCACGUAGUGACCGGACUCAUGCUGCCCAGACUGGAACAACUCAGCGGACACAGCUGGCUUUUGGAAGGUUACCCACGGACCCUGGGUCAGGCCCGUGCCCUGAAUGAACUGUGUCAGCUGGACAUGGUGAUCAGCCUGAACAUCCCCUAUGAGACUCUGAGAGAGAGGCUCAGUGACAAGUGGAUCCACCCGGCCAGCGGCAGAGUCUACAACAUGACUUUCAACCCCCCCAGAGUCAAGGGCAAAGAUGACAUCACCGGAGAGGCGCUUGUUCAAAGUGAAGAUGACAAACCUGAAGCGCUCAUGACCAGAUUGAGGCACUACAAAGAUGUGGCCAAGCCCGUUUUAGACCUCUAUAAGUCUCAAGGCAUCCUACAUGCUUUCUCUGGCACGGACACGGACCGCAUUUGGCCGUACAUGAACUCCAUUCUGAGCGCAAAGUUACCGGCACAGCAAUCAGAAUCCCACCUGCCCCCAGUGGCAUGA